AUGGCUCCCUGGGACGAUUUCGACUCUAUCUUCUACUUCAACAAGAACUUCACCUACGAUGGCAAGGUCAUUGAGCAGAUCGUCGCCAACCGCCGUGCGCUUGAAAACCAACUGUUCGCCGACAGACUGCUAGGAUUGCUCGGAGUUAAAGCAGUCACGCAGCUUUACCCUCCCAGAUCCAAUGCAGACCUCCGGACUCUUAUCGGACAUAUUCUUUCCUCCCCCAUGGACAUAGAGCACAAGCAAGCGUUGAUCUACUAUAUCCUGAAAGAUUGCCGUGCCGCCAGCGAUGCGGCUUCCCAGUUCUCGCGCCGGUGUCAUUUGCCUGAGAAGUACAGGCUGUUCAUAGAAGGACUGUGGAACCUCGAUAGGCUUGAGUUCAAGCGAGCCGUCGAAUAUCUGACCGAGCCUUCUAUCAUCCCAACUUUCCCAGAUGAAAUCCUCUAUGUUCUCACUCUUCCCCGGCUUCCCAAGCACGAUGACAGCCUCGUAAUGGCAUACUACCUUACUGUUUCCCCGCCUUUGGCAUCGGAGAAGGUCCAGCGAGCCUUCUUCAAGACGCUCUGUCGCUCAAGCAUUACGGAGGCCUUCUACUUCACCCGCAAGAACGACGACACUCUACGCCGAAGCUACCUUACGCAGCUCAUUGAGUUCGUGCACACAACAGACGCUGGCCAACUUCGGAGCAGUCGCGCGCUGGAACUGAUCGGCCUUCCAUUCGACGAUCAAGAAGAGGAAUGGUUCGAGGAUGCUCUGCUUCACGGUAGUGCAAAGGGUCUCCAUGGCUCCAAGGACACAGUCAUGAUGCGCCGCCUUGCUAGUGGCAAGUUGAGUGGACUGGCCCAGGAGCUUGAGUCCCUCGGUGGGGAGAAGAUUGACGGACUUAACUGGGAUGUCCUGAGGCAGAGCGUCACACAUACACAGACUUCUCACUCCAGCGGUGGACAAGCGUGA